CCCGAUGAAAGUCAAAGUUCCAUUGCCCGAUGGGUUCUUCAGCACGCCGCCGCUGUCCGACAACCUCCGCCACGAGUACAUUCGUCAGAGCCAGCGCUCUCUCGUAGACUUUGUCGCGAAGACGAGGCUCCGCGGAGGUCCAAUCUCAUGGACAUUUGACCACGAACAUCACGGGGUGACCGUGUACCGCGGCAAGGACAUGCAUCUCCCGAGUGGAUAUCGAACCGUGUAUUUGAAUGUGACAGAGGUGCAGGCAACACUGGACGAAGCCGCGUCGAUCAUGAGCGCGGGGGCGGACGGCCGUCGCGACUACUGCGCGACGUACCACAACGACCAGGUGGUGGACCUGAAGAACUUGUAUCCGCUCGCCACUCCCACACCAUCCCAUCCGCACAACUCGAUCUCCAUCAAAUGGCGCGCCGUGACUGCCAACAAUCCACUCAUCAAGCUUCGCGACAUGGUGUUCAUCGAGUACUGCGACGACUUUACGAUCGACGGACUUCGCGGGUUUGGCCGAUGUAUGACAUCCAUUGACUUGGGGAAGAUCGUGCCCGAUCUUGAAAGGUCGUUGGGGAUUGUACGGUGUCACAUGUGGCUGGGCGGCGACAUAUUUGUCGAGCAUCGACCGGGGUACCUCAGCGUGUUUCGCAUCUACCAGCAAGACGCCAGGGGAGCACUGAGACCUUGGCUUGUGGAUCGAUUCGCCAAACACAAGAUAUCCCAAUGUAUGGCUUCGCUGGACCGAAAUUUCCGCCACGAGCGGGUUUUGUCAUUCAACCUUUUGCCAGAAUGCGCGUUCGUUCCACCAGCGUCGCGGUCGCAUUGUGCGCUGUGCAGAGCCAAAUUUAGCUCUCGAUUGCAUCGAGCGGUGGUGAAAACCCAUUGCUACAAGUGCGGCGAAGUGCUCUGCGGGACGUGCAAUCCUCUGUGGAAAGUAGGAGAAGUAAUAAAAAGUAGCCCCGAACACCAAGCAAAGCCCCAUCUAGUACGGCCGACAUCCCCAUCCAAGCGCAUGGUGCGGGUGUGCGUAGCCUGUACCUCGAUGCGUCCAACCAGCGUGAUGACGCGGCCGCCUGUGCACUCGGCAUAUUCCACCGACUCGUCUGCCCCUUCAGACAUUAUUUCUUACGGCAAUAUGCGACACAGUUGUGUUGGUGCAGCUGCUGCGACAAUAGACCACGUUACAGCAACGACCCAGUUGUUUGAAAUCACACCAAGUGCGCGCCCUCUAUCGAACGGAUCAGACUUUCCGUUUUUGUUGGCACGUAGUCCACAUCACCUUCCAUCACAAAGCAGGGGGGGGGCUUUGCAGGGCGAGACGGCGGGCAUGCUACUGCGAGACCUGGACGACCGCGCCACCCCCGGACAACUGCGCCAGUUGCUCCACCACUUGCACUCACUAAACCUCGGGAAUCCAUCGACCCAAAACCAACACGAUAAUGAUGUCACAAACAUGUAUGCAACCACUCCCCCCGUUGAACCCCACCCCCGUGGAUACUAUUACUACCCUGCUAUCCCCACACUCGCGCCAACGGCAUAGUAGAUGUACUAGUAUAUAUAUAUAUAUACGGGGUAAUAAUAUAUAUAUAUGCGGUGUAACCCCAC